AUGUCUACAAUACUCUCCCAAGCGAUGUACCGACGAGACAGCGACACCCCAGACAAACCUCUCGAAAUCGACCAGGAAUCCAACCCAGACCCGAGCCGUUCCAACAGUCCGAAGAACAUGAAGUUCUACAAACAGCUAGACGAGGAGAAAACUCUCCUGAACCAUGGAAAGAAAUCCUUCUGCAUCGACGCGCUUUUAUCAAAACACAUGGAACCAGACCAGACUAUCCAAGAGAGGAUGGCGCAGCAGAAAUAUCUGGCGUUAAUACAAAACAAAUCAUAUAUAACGAGAUAUCAGAAUGAUAAUUACGACACACAAAUUGAACAAAAUACCAUCAGCAAAUGUCAGAACCGGCCACCAAGUCAGAAUUUUGGACCGGAAAGUCCCAGGUCAGGUCAGAGCAGUCCCAGAAGUGGUUCACCUGGUUCAGAUGAUGGGAAUAGAUCAGGGAGUUACAGCCCUCCGAUUUCUCCGGGCGUUGAAGGAGGGAAUGAAGAAUAUGAUAGCUAUAGGCCAGGUAUCAUCCCAAAACCUGGUCUACUCCAACCACCGAUCCAGGCACCGCUCUUCAACUAUCCGCCCCCAGGACUAAGCCUCCCGCAGGCCUCUGCUUUCCAUCACCCUGGCGACCGGGUGCUACACCAGAUGCAGCUCGAAUGGCUGGCCAGGACUGGCAUGUUCUACCACCGAAUACCGGAAUUGGGGGGAGCACCUCACGCCCUCCUCGGUAAGACAAGGCGUCCACGGACAGCCUUCACCUCGCAGCAGCUUCUGGAACUCGAGAAGCAGUUUCGUAUGAACAAAUACCUGUCAAGACCCAAGCGAUUCGAAGUCGCUACUAGCCUGAUGCUCACCGAGACCCAGGUAAAAAUUUGGUUCCAAAACCGAAGAAUGAAGUGGAAACGUUCGAAAAAGGCGCAACAGGACACAAAAAGUAAGGAACCGCACGUCAGCCACCCGAACGACGACAAAAACAAACAGAAAGAUCUUCCCUCGUCCGAACACGAAAAACAACCUUCACAACAAAUGGCCGCCGAUUUGACAUCUGUCAAACCGCCCCCGCUGUUAGACAGAGACCGAAUUAUCGCUUUGGAACGAGAAAGAGCUAUGGCGGCAGCAAACUUUAAUUCUAAUUUGGAAAACAAUAGACGUGGGCUGGUCGUUAUGAAUCAAGAUGGCGGCAGGCCCGGUAUGGACAUGUUCAGGCCGUAUGUAGUAUGA